AAGUUGUUUUCAGUUAUGAGGAAGUGAAACUCAGACAGUUGAGUCACUGAGAGGAGAAAUGGCACAGAAAGGAGUUCAGCUGGACCGGGAAACCUUCUCUUGUUCGAUCUGUCUGGAUCUCCUGAAGGAUCCGGUGGCUGUUCCCUGUGGACACAGUUACUGCAUGAAGUGUAUUAAAAGCCACUGGGAUACAGAGGAGGAGAAGAAAAUCUACAGCUGCCCUCAGUGCAGACAGGUCUUCCCAGCAAGGCCUGUCCUGGUGAAGAACACCAUGUUAGCAGUUUUAGUGGAGGAGCUGAAGAAGACUGGACUCCAAGCUGCUCCUGCUGAUCAUUGCUAUGCUGGAUCUGAAGAUGUGGCCUGUGAUGUCUGCACCGGGAGGAAACUGAAAGCCUGUCACGACACAGUCCCAGCUGCAGCAGAAAGGAGCCAGAAGCAGAGAGAGCUGGAGGUGAGUCGACAAAACAUCCAGCAGAGAAUCCAGGACAGAGAGAAAGAUGUGAAGCUGCUCCAACAGGAGGUGGAGGCUAUCAAUGGCUCCGCUGAUAAAACAGUGGGGAACAGUGAGAAGAUCUUCACUGAGCUGAUCCGUCUCAUGGAGAAAAGACGCUCUGAUGUGAAGCAGCAGGUCAAAUCCCAGCAGCAAACUGAAGUGAGUCGAGUCAGAGAGCUUCAGGAGAAGCUGGAGCAGGAGAUCACUGAGCUGAAGAGGAGAGACGCUGAGAUGAAGAAGCUGUCACACACACAGGACCACAACCAGUUUCUACACGACUACCCCUCACUGUCACCACUCAGUGAAUCUACACACUCAUCCAGUAUCAAGAUCCGUCCUCUGAGGUACUUUGAGGACGUGACAGCGGCUGUGUCAGAAGUCAGAGAUAAACUACAGGACGUCCUGAGAGAGAAAUGGACAAACAUCUCACAGACAGUGACUGAAGUGGAUAUUUUACUGUCUGGACCAGAGAACAUGACCAGAGCUGAGUUCUUAAAAUAUUCAUGUAACAUCACACUGGAUCCAAACACAGCAAACACACAUCUGUUAUUAUCUGAUGGAAACAGAAAAGUAACAAACAUGGGUCAACAACAAUCUUAUUCUAGUCACCCAGACAGAUUCACUAGUUACUGUCAGGUCCUGAGUAAAGAGAGUCUGACUGGACGUUGUUACUGGGAGGUGGAGAGGAGAGGAGGAGAAGUUGAUGUUGCAGUCUCAUACAAGAAUAUCAGCAGAGCAGGGAGCUCAUAUGAAUGUGUGUUUGGACGUAAUGAUAAAUCUUGGGUGUUAGAUUGUUCCAACAAUGGUUAUAACUUUUGGUACAACAAAGUCAACACUCCUGUCUCAGGUCCUCAGUCCUCCAGAGUAGGAGUGUACCUGGAUCACAGAGCAGGUAUUCUGUCCUUCUACAACAUCUCUGAAACCAUGACUCUCCUCCACAUAGUCCAGACCACAUUCACUCAGCCUCUACAUGCUGGACUUUGGAUUUAUACUGGAUCUGCUGAGUUGUGUAAACUGAAAUAGACAGAAGUCAUUUAAAGGAACAGUGGGUUAAACUUUCAUCCUUCAACUUGAUCAUUAUUCAGUUUGUUGCUGAGAGCUGAUUGUGGUUACAUUGUUCACUUGUCAAUCAAACUUUAUGGGCGGUACUUUGACAUCUUCUCACUUGUGUUUGAGUCUCUUUAAAUAACUCUCUUUAGCUGUUUAUGAUUAGUCACAGAGGCUUUACUGCUCAUGAGGAUUUGUGUUCAGCUGAACUGACGUUUUCUCUGCAUGAACAUUUCAACUUUUCUUCACUUUAAAUGUGUUUACAAUUAGUACUGAUUGUUUUUGUUCUAAUUAAAUGGUCUUAAGAGAGAAAGCACCAGGCCUUUUCUUUAAUGUAGAUAUUAUGUUUUCACCACUUUGUACAUUUUAUUUCGAAAAAUCUCAAAUGAAAUAUAUACUAGUUCUUUUUGCAGAAUUAAUUUUGUUGUUUAAACUUAAAUUUAUUAAAAUGUACUCUAAAGAAUGAAAUCAAUGAGAUCAUUAUUUUAUUUUUCAUAGAUGAGAUUCUGAUCAAACUGAUUGUGUGGAUGAAGUGACUGUUCAUGAAAUCAUUAAAAACAGACAAAUUAGCCCCUAUCUUGAUUGAUCUCCAUGACCUGUAUAAAGUCAGGUCACUGAAAAAAGCCUGUCUUAUUAUUGUUGAUUCAUCCCAUCCCUUGAACUGUGAGUUCAUGUUGCUGCCAUCAGGGCGCAGAUACAAGCUGCCAUUUUGCAGAACAAACAGAUUUAAAAAAUCCUUCAUGCCUGCUGCGAUCAGUCUGGUCAACGACCACAUGUAAUUGUGAUUUUUUUUUUGUCUUUUUGUUGUUUGGUAUUGUUUUUAUUUAUUGUUUGUUGGCUGUGCCUCUUUUACUGCUGGCUGUACAUCAAAUUGCCCCUCGGGGAUAAUAAAGAUACCUUGAACCUUGA